AUGCCCGCCGAUAAAAUAGAAAAAAAGCGCAAGCGCGCCUCGGACCGUCAUGAGCGACCAAGCAAAAGGGCCGCUGCAGAGCUGCAAGCCCUCCCGCCAUUGGCAGCUAGUGUUGUCGAGGAUAAGAGCGAGCUGGCUCCAGUAAUUGCUACAACGCCCGGUUUGCUAGACUCGAAGGUCCGCAACUUCGACCCAUAUACCAAAGCCCGCAAAGGGAAGCAUUCAGCCGUCGCUCGCAACCCCGGCAUUGUCUCGUCGGAGAUACUCUUGCAAUCGUCUGAGCACGAGAAGAUCGAUUUCGUUGGCCGUGAAGGAGGAGACGAUACAGACUCGUAUCUGAAGCAUUACGUUGCUGUUGUGGACCCAGAGCGCAAGACAUGGCAGGUUGUGGAAGCCCGGCGAGUUACCCUUCGCGGUGCUAUCCGUAAUACCAAGGCCGAUAACUCUGACUCUGAUGAUGAGCAGACUAUGCGCGCUCAACGUACAAACCUGACCAACACAUUCGGUACCAAGGCCUCCCGCAAGGCUGUCCAGUCCAUGGCAGAGAAUGCUCAACUUUCUAAUGCUCCCACCGGAACUCUCGAUGCCGCCGGUGCCGCCCUCCUUUCAUCCUUGCCCAAGGAUGAAUCUUCCGGCAGAGCCAAGCAACUCAAUGUCCAAGCCGAGGUGCAAGCUGCCAAGCCUUUACCCAAAGCCGACCUCACCGCAUCCCAUCCAAAGGACGUAUAUUCUCUCGAGACUGUGGUUCCUGGCGGUACCUCUAUUCUCCACCAGUUGACCGGCACCGAAGAAUGGGAGGAACAAGUAUCAAAUGCUGUAGGUGUCACCACCGGAUCCCGAUUCGUCGCCAACCGUGUGGAGGCAGUUGUGCGAUCCGGAAACAAGGAGAUGCUCCAAACCCUGCGUCUUAUCCAGAUCUUACUGGAAUUCUCCCGUUCACUCAAGGGUGGACGUUCCGCCGGAGGCCCAGGUAGCAAAAAGCUACCACAACGCGAUGAGCUUCGCCGUAUUCUUUCCACUACAUCAGGCGUUGUCUCUAAAGACGAAGACGCCGAAAGUUCGACAGAACUUCUCCCCGACGCUGUCAUCGAAGCUAUUCGUCGCCGCUUCGCUCCAAACGGAGGAUUCGUCACCAAGCACGAUGUUACUCUUCUCCACACCACUGCCUGUGCGCUCUCGCUGCACAUUCCCCCACAACCUGCUAAGGAUGGUGGAUCCAGCAGUCUGGGCGGCAACGCACCUAAUGAGCUAGCGACUGAUCCUGCUGAUCUGCGUGAUGAUCUGCGUGUCGACUCAGCUACUAUACAGCAAUACUUCCGUGAAUUGGGAUGCCGUGUUGAUCGGCCCCGUGAAGCGGAAUUCUCCAAGUGGAACAUUAAGGGUGGACGUGCUGAAGCAAUGGCUCGUCGUAUCGCUCGUCUGCGUGUUCCUGUGGAGUUCCCCCGUGUUAGUCGUGGCGGCAAGGCUUAA